CGUUGUGCACAAAUUGAUUGCCAGAACAUGGAGCGCGUUAUAAGCAGAGCAGAUUUGCUCGCUGAAGAGCCUUCGCCCCCAUCAUCACCUGAUCUUCCAGCGAUCAAAAGUCUCCAAGAAUUCGAUUUCGUACACCACGAAACUCUACCGGAUGCACAUGAUCAAGAACAAGAAAAUGACGCCGAAGACGGUCUUGAGUUCCAACUAUUUGCUCCACCCGCUGGGAAAACCGAAAAUGCCUCCGGCAUAGCAAAAAUCCGCCUCGACUCUCCCGAUCUCACAAAUGCAGAACCAGGACUGGUCAAUCCUAAUCGUGAUCCGAGAUAUUAUUUCACUUCCGGGUCCAGUCCAGAGGAGCAGCAGAACUUUGAAGCUGCAGCGAUGUCUGGUCAAGAUAUCCUCAACCAGUCUCGAAGGUCGUGGCCCGGGAUGGCCUAUCCUUGGAAAGUCCUGCAUCUGCCCAAAACCAAAAAGCAACAGAAAAUUUUGGCGCCAUCGGAUGCUCUCUACACGAAGCUAAUCGGACAUCAAUCUGUGCAAAAGCGCACUCGACCUGGCAAGAAAGCUCGUGUAGCUGUGCGCACGAAGCUCGUCGCAGCCAAGACGAAGCAGGAGGAGAAGCAGAAAGCCGCGGAAUUGAAGGAAGCGGAGGAGCGAGAGAAGCGCACUCGUCGCAAUCGUGAGAAGAAAGUCAAGAAGAAGAAUCGCGAGAAGGCAAAAAAGGCGGAGGCGAAUGGUACGACUGAUGAAGUUGAAGCCGAAGAGAACGACCAGCAUGAUGAAGACUGAAGCUAUGAAUGCUCUGGCCGUUCAGGACCUCUGAACCCCGGUUCUCGCCCAAGCUGACAGCCUGUUGCUGUCGAUCGACCCCAUCGAUGAUGCAUGGCUCCCUCUUCAACGAUGCGCUGCUCUUGACCACCAUCGCUCGCAUCGGGCCAUCCUUGGUGACUGCUGACAAAAAGACUGUCUCUUUUCGCAUUAACUGUCCCAAGAUGCAAUGCAGCAGGAAGAGGAUGCUGUGGUUCAAGGGAUGUUUGCGGAUGCGGUCUGCGAACCAGACCGGGCGGUGGUUGGGGCCAGUUGGUAAUCAGCGGCCGCUUUCGAUGCACCUGCUCACGGCAUGUGGGACAUAUCAAUCCCGAAAAUUCGAUCAGCCAGGUCGAAAUGCAGUCCUGGGAGGAAAAGGUCAGCUCUCGAAGCACUGAGCACAGUGAGAUAGCUUACUCUGCAGAAGCUGUGACGUCCUGGACAAGGUAAUCGAACAGGUACCACGAUUCGGUCAAGACAAAUGGAGCACUCUGUCUCGUCUUCAUUCAGGACAGUUGGUGAGGGUCUUUUGAUGAAAGUCCUGCGGAAUUUGGCCCGGUCGAAUUGG